GCCUCGCAUCCACCAAGAUCCGCGACGCGCUCUGUCCGAGCGUGGGGAUUUCAUCGCUCUCUGUUCACAACUCGUACAAGUUCCCCCCGCAGACCAACUAACAACGGAGACGUUUCUGUUUGGAUUUAUGCUCUCGCCGAGCAAAUUUCUGGGUUUUGCCCCGUCAAAACCCUUGAUUCGUCCCCAUUCUUCCAAGAUGAGGGCCAUUUGGCUAUAGUGUUUAGCACUUUCAAAUGGAAUUAGAAGAAAAGUUCCUUGUUAAAGUUUCUGGUGUUCAAAGCCUUUCUUCCAGUGUGCAAAGCACUCCGGAAAAAAAUGGUCAUUCAGAUGAAGCUUCAAGAAGUCCUGAACUCCUUCAAGAGUUCCUGAAAUCUGGUCCUAGGAAGGAACUUCUUCGAAUGUGCUUUUAUAAAGACAGAAAGAUCAUAUCAUUGAAAAGAAAGAUGCCAGAAACUAAGUCAACCAGUAAGGUAAUCAAGAAACAGGACAGCAAAAAAACUUCUACUCUUAGCAACCAGCCCUCUAGGAAGCAAAAUAGGAAGAGCAAAAACCCUAUAAGGCUCCAGCCAGUUGCUGACCAGCUUUCUGAUUUUGGACAUUCAGACUGCUGGAUCUGUAAAAACUCUGCUUGUAGAGCUGUUCUAUCCACAGAUGACAAAUUUUGUAGAAGGUGCUCUUGCUGUAUUUGUCACCUAUUUGAUAGUAACAAGGAUCCUAGUCUUUGGUUGGUAUGCUCAUCUGAAUCUGAUGAAGGGGACUCCUGUGGCUUGUCUUGCCAUAUUGAAUGUGCCCUUCAACAUGAAAAAGUGGGAGUUGUUGAUCAUGGGCAACUGAUGCAACUAGAUGGCGGCUAUUGUUGUGCAUCCUGUGGUAAAGUUACAGGGAUACUUGGAUGUUGGAAGAAGCAGCUAAAUAUGGCAAAAGAUGCUCGGCGAGUUGAUGUGCUCUGCUAUAGGUUAUAUUUGAGUUACAAGCUCCUGGAUGGGACUUCGAGGUUUAAAGAAUUGCAUGACACUGUACUAGAGGCAAAAGCAAAGCUAGAGACAGAAGUUGGUCCGGUCAAUGGGAUUUCCGCAAAGAUGGUGCGAGGAAUUGUCAGCAGACUCUCUAUUGCCAGUGAGGUGCAGAAACUCUGCUCUCUUGCUAUUGAGAAAGCUGAUGGGUGGCCUUCUGUUGUGAAUCCAGAUUCUAUAGAUGGUUCACUUCCUGCUACCUGCAAAUUUGUUUUUGAAGAGGUAACAGCUUCCUCAGUCAAAAUCAUCUUGAUUGACAUGUCCAUUGCAUCUUCCAAGGACAUUAAGGGCUACAAGCUCUGGUACUACAAGACUAAUGAGGAGCUGCUCACAAAAGAUCCUGUUUGUGAGGUCCCAAAAGAUCAGAAGAGGAUUUUGUUAUCCAACCUCCAGCCUUGCACAGAAUAUACUUUUCGCAUUAUAUCGUAUACGGAUAUGGGUCAGCUGGGUUAUUCUGAAGCCAAAUGUUUCACCAAGAGCGCUGAUCCAACUAUAAAAGGUCCCUCCUCACUAAUCGAUUUAGGUCAAAAAAAAGAGAGCCUUGAAAUUGGAGCCAGUUCAUCUGGAUCCAAAACAGAGCCCAAUCCUACAGUAGCAGAUUUAGGAUUUAAGGUUCGAGACCUUGGGAAAGUUGUGGGUCUUGCUUGGACUCAAGAUCAAGGUCCCUUGGAAGGGUUUUGCAGUGUUGAUACAAAAAAUUGCUGCAGAGAAACUGAAAUUGUCAAGCCUAAAAUUUCAGACGAGCAGUUGCCUGCAGUUUCACGGGACCUUGAUUUAAAUGUUGUUUCAGUGCCUGAUCUAAAUGAAGAACUAGUACCUCCUUUUGAGUCUCCCAAGGAUGAAGAUAAUGGCUACACUUUGCAGAAGGCUGUUGAGGCAGACGAUGAUGCUGCCUCUCGCUAUGCACAGAAAAUCAGUUUAGCAAAAUCGCAUGGUAGUGUUGACUCCCAUACCUGGAUGAACGGGCCAACCGGAGAAGUUCCAGCUGUUGAUUCCCGUGUAGAUGCAUGCAAGAAAAGGGUAGCUAGCAUCAAUGAAGAGACACAUGAUUGCAAUAGCACUUUGGCAAAUGGCUCUCCUCUUGGAGUAUCAGAUGGCACUUGCUCCCUGGAUGAAAACUAUGAGUAUUGUGUGAAAGUAUUUCGGUGGCUAGAAUGUGAGGGUCAUAUCAAGCAGGAGUUUCGGUUGAAGUUGCUAACAUGGUUUAGUUUGAGGUCGACAGAGCAGGAACGCAGGGUUGUCAAUACUUUCAUUCAAACUUUACUUGAUGAUCCAAGUAGUUUGGCAGGACAACUGAUUGACUCAUUUUCCGAUAUCAUAUCCAACAAGAGGCCCAGGAAUGGAUAGCAUCGUAAGAUGUGAGAGUAGGUUUAAGGCCUUGGAGUUCGCAGAAGCACUAAUUGCUUUUUACAGCCAGAAAUCACGUCCAAUUGCUAUUGCUUUCCUUGUACAGGCAUUUUUUAUUGAUCACCUUUCAAAGAGGUUCAUUUUUAUUGCAGACAUAACAUAUUUUGUCUAGCUGAAAGGAUUUGCACCAACCAUUGCAGUAACUCAUUCUUACUGGGAAGGAAGCUCUUUGGACGAGUUUCAGGAUGUAGAAGGCAUUUUACUAUUUUCUUAAUUUCUGCAAUUGUAUUCAGCUAUGGAUUUAGUCAUGGAAUAUUCUAAUGUUCAAACUUCUAUUUAAUUUUUAUUUGAAGGAACUUGAGAUA